AUGGCGCCCGCUCGAAUAGAUGCUAAGGAUUCAAAAUCGAACCCCGGCGAAACUGGCAUCAUCGACUCUCACGAGACAGCCUCACCGGCGACGCCACGGAAAUCAUCAACCUCGAUUCGCACAGGCGUCGCUAAGCUGGGAACAGAGGAGGCAAUACAAGCCUCGUCCGCGGACAAGCGGGUAGAGACGCCGCCGACGCGUCGACGGCGAUUGAUCGAUGCGCUGGUAGCUGAAGAGACGGGCAAUUCCAGUUCUGACCCGGGCCCGAACGCUGGCAAAGUCGACCUUGUCAGCAACAGCGAGCGUCUGCAUGCGCGGGAGGACCGUCCCAGCUUCCGCAAGGAGGCUCAUCUGCGCCGGACUGGCUCCGAUAGCAGCGCGCUGGAGAGGAGGAAGAUCAAAGUCACGUACAGCCAAUCUCGAAGUUUUCUCCAGAGCUCUCAAGAGUCCAACACUGCUGAAGCCGCCGACUACCCUCCCCUCAUGGCCGACAUUGACGAUGCGCCAUUGCGACCGCCGUCUCCAGUAGUAGACGAAUACGAUGACGUUGACGAUGAUUUGAAAACCAAAGUUGCCAUCAGGAGUGUGCACGAACUGCGACGAGCUGGUGCCAACCAUCGAUCGUCGGAUGAGGUGGAUGAUCUACUGUCCAGAAUCGGGACUCCUGGGUCUUUGGCAUCAACAAUGCGUAGAAAUGGCCUCUGCGAGUUGGCCGAUAAGCUACAAAAGAAGGAAUUCAUGAAUCAAUUUCGGGAUCAUGCAUCUCGAGACAACAUAGCAAAGGGCAUCUCAGAUGAGAAAGACGCCAUCAGCGGAUUUCUACUUGUUGCCAUCCUGGUUAUUUUUCUGUCGUCGAAUCCCGCACCACACCUGCUUCACCAGUUGGCGGAGAAUCAAGUGGGCUUGUUGUUGAACAGUCUCCUCGAAAUACAGGAGGAUGUCACUGGUUUCGCGGCACAGAAAUCCGCCAACAUGUCGAGAGCGUCGAGAAGCACGCUGGCCAGCGUCAAGAGCAGGCUGCUGGGUAUGGACCUGUGGCAUGGCUGCAAAAUGCUGCAUCUCUCGCCGCGCACCAUCUCCCUGCAGCUGCUCUAUAUGUUGAUCCGGUUACUGGAUCCGCAUGACGCCCAGACCGUGCUGGACGAUGCCUCCACCAACAUCUCGAAACUGAGAAGCUACUUUGCAAGAGAAGACUGCCGAGACGACAUCGACUAUGUCUUGUUGAUUUGCAUCCUCGAGGCGCAGUCCAGCACCGCUGGCGCAGCCGAUGGAUCAGCGACAAAGGUACGACAAGAGAUGUCCGACAUCGCCGCCUUUCUCCAACGCGCGCUCGACUGUUGGCCAAGGAGCCACAACAAUAUAGACGCCACAUUGCUGAAGCUAGCCAUCAAUACGACCAACAAUGAAGCAAGAGCUGCUGCUCUCCAAAACAAUCAACUGCUGUCAAGCCUGGCCCGUGGCAUCACGUCUGGAUUCUCCGCUGUGCAGAGUGCCAUACAGAAGUCUGCAUUCGAAAGCAGCAUAUACGACGAGCUGGUACUGAUACUGGGAAUCACAAUUAACAUUUUGGAACACUGCUCAGACGCCCGGUCAUCCAUCCAUGCAGAGGAAAUUGACAAGCUUGUUGGGGCAUGGUCUGAAAGCGGGCAAUCAAUUAAAAAGGACGAUUCCGUCGAGACGUCGAAGCUCGGCAUAGCAUACAGCUACCUGGCUAUCAUACUUGGAUAUCUCUACCUGGGCCACGCUGAGCUGCCGCUGCCGAGCGGCUUACUCCCGGCUAUCCAGCACUUUAUCACGAUCAAUAAGACGGUCAAUAAUAAAACGGCGGAGCUGGAACAUCUUGUAUAUAGUCUGCGGAGGCUACGAUAGCAGCAUUCCGAUGCC